AUGCCCAACCUAGUGAGAGAAGUGCGCCAGAUAAAAUGUCCAACAGAUCUUGGUUAUAUGGAGGAUCCUACUAGUAAUAUAUGCAGUAAAAUUCACGAAACGAAAUUAUCAUGGACCAGCGCUCAAGCUGAAUGUGAAAAAGAUAAUGGCCAAUUGUUUAUAGCGGAUACCCAGGCAAAGAGAGACAUAUCAAUAAAGGUUCGAACAGGGGCAGUCUUCCUUGGUGCUUCAGAUUUAGACGAAGAGGGUGUAUGGAAAUGGCUAAAUGGCGAACCAGUAAAUCGCACCCUGUUCAGUCCAAACGAGCCAAAUAAUUUUAAUGGUCAUGAAAAUUGCAUGAGUGCAAGAAGCACUGGUUACAAUGAUGAAAAGUGUUCUCGAAAUUUUAAAUAUAUUUGCGAAGUUCCAACAAAAAAGGCAUAUUGCCCAAAUUGA